AAGUGGCUAAAUAGUAAAUUGGGUGAGAAGCUUAAAACUUUACUAAACCCAUAAAUAUCAAAACAAAGCCCAUUAGAGAAAAACAACCUAAAGUUUUUACCUUUCAUAAAACUACCCAUCUCAAGUGAAGUCAUGCUAGAUAAUUCUGGCGGAGCCGGUGGCGGUGGGGGUGGGAGUGGGGCAGCCCUUUUGGAGGCUGCGGCGGAGGUGAUGGUUGGUGCGGAAAAUGGCGGUGGAGGUGGAGGAGGAGGAGGAGGAGGAGAGGAGGAGGAGGAGAGAGGAAAAGGGGAAGGAGGAAAUAGGUGGCCACGUGAAGAAACUUUAGCUUUGCUGAAGAUAAGGGCUGAUAUGGACCUUGCAUUUCGGGACUCCACUGUCAAAGCUCCUCUUUGGGAUGAAGUUUCCAGGAAAUUAGGUGAGCUUGGAUAUCAUCGAAGUGCUAGGAAAUGCAAGGAGAAGUUUGAGAAUAUAUUUAAGUACCAUAAAAGAACGAAAGAAUGUCGAUCUGGCCGGCAGAACGGGAAAAAUUAUAGAUUCUUUGAGCAAUUAGAGAGGUUUGAUAACCAACCCUCACUUCCAUCGCCUCCUUUAAGCCAAAUCCAAACUCAUGUGGCGGAAACAACAAAGACAACCACCAUAGCAGCGCCAACAAUCAUAAAAGUCACAAGUGGAAGUCUUGAUUCUAUGGUGCCUCAUCCAAGCGAAAAUCCGAAUAUGGAAUUCGUGACUCCGUCAACGUCAACAACCUCCUCAUCAGGGAGGGAGUCAGAAGGAAGCGUUAAGAAAAAGAGGAAAUUAUCUGAUUAUUUUGAGAAGUUAAUGAAAGAAAUAUUGGAGAAGCAAGAGAAUUUACAGAACCAGCUUCUAGCGGCACUGGAAAAGUGUGAGAGGGAUCGGAUAGCAAGGGAAGAAGCAUGGAGGCUGCAACAGAUGGAUCGAAUAAGAAAAGAACAAGAAUAUUUAGCCAAUGAGCGAGCAAUUUCUGCAGCAAGAGAUGCAACUGUCAUGGCUUUCUUGCAAAAGAUCUCGGAGCAAGCAAUUCCUGGGCAGUUUGCUGAGGCCGCAACUCCAAUAUCUGAGAAACAUCCGGACAAACAGCAAGUGCAGACUCCAGGUCCUUUUACACCUGGGACCAUUGAGAAUCAAGAGUUAGGCACUAGUAUUGGCAGACAAGAGGAUAUGUUCGAUGUUGACAAACGAGGGAAUGGUUUUGGUGAAAGUUCCAUUCAGGCAACUACAUCAAGAUGGCCUAAAGCAGAAGUUGAAGCUUUGGUUAGGCUUAGAACCAAUCUUGGCAUGCAAUUCCAAGAUAAUGGACUCAAAGGGCCUCUGUGGGAGGAGAUCUCUUCUGCUAUGAAGAAGCUUGGAUAUGAUAGAAGUGCCAAGAGAUGCAAAGAAAAGUGGGAGAAUAUAAAUAAAUAUUACAAGAGGGUAAGGGAGAGCCAUAAGCGGAGGCCAGAAAGUUCAAAAACAUGUCCCUAUUUCCAUUUGCUCGAGUCUAUCUAUGAAAAAAAGUCUAAAGGAGUUGAACAGAAUUCCGAGUGGUCUGGUAAUAAUCUAGAACCAGAACACAUCUUAAUGCAAAUGAUGGGGCAGCAAGAGCAGCAGCCUCAGCAGCAUCAACAAUUAACAGAAGAUGGUGGGAGCGAGAAUGCCGAUGAAAAUAGAGAAGAUGAUGCUAUGGAAGAGGAAGAAGAGAAUGACAAUGGAGAUGGUUACGAGCUUGUGGCUAAUCAUCCAUCCUCAGUUGCAUCAAUGGAGUGAACGAGAAAGAUGAUUUAGCUUUUCUCAUUAAAGCUGAAGUAGGCGUGCAUAAGUUGAGGGGCGGGUCACAUAAUGAGUUGUUCUCCACUCUUUUUUGAGACACAGUGUGUAAAUCAUGCCUACUCCAAUGCCCAUUAUGGGGAAUUACUUCUUUAUAGAUAUGUAUAUUUGUGUCAUUUUCUUUAGCGUAAAUAGUGACACAGCUGAGAAUAUGAUUAGGAGCUACAAUCAUCAGUAUUUCACUGAGUGCUAAUGCAGUUUUGUUCCUGAAUUUUACAUUGUAUGUCUUGUAAUAGAGAAGUUGAGAGUUGAUUGUUGAUGUUUCUUUCUACUAUUUAAUAAACUAGGUGGCCAAGCAUCAUUGGUUAAUACAUGUUUCAGUCAA